AUGGCCGCUCUCACGGAAUACAUCGACCUCAGCCAGCCGAGCUUCUGGAUCGCCGCAGGCGCCAUCGUCUUCAACCCAACCUUCUGGAACACCGCCGCGCGCACAGAAUACAACUACAAGACGAUCACGAAGCUCGCCGGCGGAAACCCGUACUACGGCUGCUACGCCCUCGCCGUGACCAUCUUCUCAAUAGGUCUAAUCCGGGAUGCGCUGUACGAGCGCGCGCUCCGCGCCCAACCCUCGCACCCACUGCUCGAAGGCUUCGUGUCGCAGGGGCUAGCGGUCGGCCUCGUCGCCUCGGGCAACGUGCUCGUGCUCAGCAGCAUGUGGGCGCUCGGCGUCACGGGGACCUACCUGGGCGACUACUUCGGCAUCCUGAUGGACUCGAUGGUGACGGGGUUCCCGUUCAAUGUCAGCAGUUCGCCCAUGUACCACGGCAGCACGCUGAGCUUCCUGGGCACGGCGCUGUGGUACGGUAAGCCGGCCGGGAUCGUGCUGAGUGGGCUCGUGUUUGUGGUGUAUCAGAUUGCGUUGCAGUUUGAGGAUCCUUUCACGGCGGAGAUUUAUGCGAAGAGGGAGAGGAAUAAGGGGAAGAAGGCUCAGUAG